AUGGCGCGACGACGCUCCUUGCCAGUUCAGUAUCAUGUGUCAGAAGCCGGCGAGGAGGUCUUUGAUCGGGUGGUCAGAUUCAUCCAGCUCCAUGGCUUCUGCUGCGUUGAGACUCGCUUGGUGAAGGAGAAGGAGUCCUUGAAUGCAGCGGUCGCUGAAGUCCGGAAACUUGAGGCCUCCUUGGAAGCAACGCCUGAGAUCGUUCUGGAUGGACUGCUGGGCGAGGACGGAUCCGCCAGAACCUUGGCUUUGGAGAAGCAUCCAGAGGCGUUGCAGCCGACGGAUCAAGUUCUCUCCGACUACGCCGCAGGGCUCAUGAAGAGCCCCUCGGCUUUAGACAUGGGCCUCCAGAAGCUGGAGAGGACACCCAGCUUGCUGCACGAGGCCGGUGCCCCAGAAGAGGACCCUCCUGCCAUGUCCGAGGUGGAGGCACAAGCAUGGCUUCCUAUCUUCCUCAGGCACCAGAUCAUGCUGAUCCUCUUCCUUGGCCCCUCCCGAGGUACCUUAGAGCUUCAACCCUUUGAUGAGGAUGGCCAUCCCAUGCGCCUGCGCACUGAGCCUGGCAUGCUCGUCGCCUUGCAAGCCAACGGCGUUUGGCGCAGGCCACACCUGGGCAUGGAUCAGCAUAGCAUGGUGCAGCCCAGAACGUGA